AACAACAUAUGUGACCAAACGGACGCAAUUCGAUCACUCAGAGUGUGGUUGAAACAAUGGCGGAUCAUACCCAGAUGACUCCACAACUCUUUGAACUCAAUAAUGGCACUAUGCUUGUCAAGAUCACCAAUCUUGGUUGCACCAUUACUUCUUUGACCCUACCUGACAAAAAUGGGAAUUUGGCUGAUGUUGUUCUUGGAUUUGAUUCUCUUGAGCCAUAUCUGAAAGGAGUUGCCCCUUAUUUUGGGAGCAUUGUGGGCAGAGUAGCAAACAGGAUCAAAGAUGGAAAGUUUACUCUUGAUGGGGUGGAUUACACUUUGCCCCUUAACAGGCCUCCAAACAGUCUUCAUGGUGGGCUCAAGGGUUUUGAUAAGAUGAUCUGGGAGGUAGCAGAUUAUAAGAAAGGCGAAAAUCCAUCAAUUACUUUCAAGUACCAUAGUCAUGAUGGAGAGGAAGGUUACCCUGGAGAUCUUUCUGUAACUGCAACUUAUUCUCUUGCUUCAAGCACCACAAUGAGACUUGAUAUGGAAGCAGUACCCAAGGACAAAGCUACUCCAGUCAACUUAGCUCAGCAUACCUACUGGAACUUAGCUGGUCACAACUCAGGGAGUAUACUUGACCAUGCAAUUCAAAUAUGGGGAUCUCAAGUUACACCUGUAGAUCAGAAUACUGUACCAACUGGUGACAUCAUGCCAGUUAAAGGCACUCCUUUUGAUUUCACCACUGAAAAGAAGGUCGGUGCUUCAAUCCGUGAAGUUGGUUUAGGGUAUGAUCACAACUACGUGCUCGACUGCGGAGAAGAGAAAUCAGGAUUGAAACGUGCUGCAAAACUCAAGGAUCCAUCAAGCUCGAGGGUCCUUAACUUGUGGACCAAUGCUCCCGGGAUGCAGUUUUAUACUGCAAACUACGUGAAUGGAGUAGUCGGAAAGGGAGGCGCUGUUUAUGGAAAGCAUUCGGGGCUGUGUUUGGAGACGCAAGGAUUUCCAAAUGCCAUAAACCAACCGAACUUCCCAUCAGUUGUCGUUCGACCUGGUGAGACAUACAAGCACACUAUGUUGUUUGAGUUCUCAGUUGAGUGAAAUAGCAGCGGUCGGGCGUGAUAGGAGUGAGAAUAAUGUUUAGUGUUGGUUUUGCAGAAUUAUAAACUAGAGGUUGAUCUUAUACCACCUCAACUAAUAAACUUAUGAGGUUUUUGUAUGUGCUUGAGAGGCUAUUGUUAUUAAUGGAUUUUUACAUGAACUGAACUAUUAACUGAA